AUGCUGUCCAGACCGAGCAGGGCAAGGGCAGUGCAGAACCGACGAAGAUGGGCGUGCUUAGGCUCAGGGCUGGCAAGCAGCAGCAAGCCCCUCAACAAGGAGCUUCUGUACAUCGAUGUGACCCUUAACGGCAGGGCCACACGAGCAUUGGUGGACACGGGAGCCACUCACAACUUUGUUGCAGAAGUGGAGGCCAAACGGACACUACAAGAAAAAGCGGAAACCGCCGCCCCCACCUCUUCCCUCUCCUCCGACUCUUCCUCCUCAACACCUCCUCCUUUUCCCCUCCCCCCUCACCUCCAUCACCCGCUGCCUCCACCUCCGCGCGCCGCCGCCGCCUCUAGCUCCGCAUGCCGCCUCCAGAUCCGCACGCCGUCGCCUCCAGAUCCGCACGCCGUCGCCUCCAGAUCCGCGACCGCCGCCUUCAGAUCCGCGACCGCCGCCUCCAACACCGCGCGCCUCCAAAUCUGCACGCCGCCGCGUCUAGCUUCGCGGCCGCCGCCUCCAGCUCCACGGCCGCCGCAUCCGUCCCCACCCUCCUCGUGA